AUGGCGGACACGAUUCUGACCUCAGAGAAACCUUCAAAUCCUUCCCCUCUCGAUCCUCCUUCCCGCUUCAUCUGCCACGUUUGCCAGAAGCAAUUUUCACAUUACACGUGUCCUCGAUGCAAUUCUCGCUACUGUUCUCUUCCCUGCUAUAAGUCGCAUAGUGAGAGAUGCACAGAGUCGUUUAUGAGAGAAAAUGUGAUGGAAGAGAUGAAGCAGAUGGAAGCGGAUGAUGAAACGAAGCGGAAAAUGCUCGAUAUUUUGAAACGGUUCCAUUCUGAGGAGCAAGAAGAAAUGGAUAAUGGCAUGGACGAUGAUGAAGAUGAUGAUCAUAUGGAUGGUUCUGUUCUUUCUGAGGAGACUAUUCAGAAGGUGUUGUCUGGUGGUCCAAUCAAUUUUGAUGAUUUAUCGGUAGAAGAGAAGAAAUGUUUCCAAAGAGCUGUGGCAUCUGGAGAACUCAGCAAGUUGAUCGAACCAUGGGAUCCGUGGUGGUUGAAGUCUUCUGCUAGAACUAUUUCUCUUAGCAAGGAAGGAACCAGACUUGUCCAGCCACUUGUAAAAGAGGAAGCAUCGUCAUCUCAUCAGAAUGAUGGUGCAGGAGGCCAACCUAGUGAGAUUCCUCCUGGCCCUGAUAACCCAUUACCUCCUCUCAGGAAGCUUAUUUCUAAAGACCCAUCACCCUUCGUAGCCAUUCACUUGGUUGACAUUAUAUAUAGCUACUGCUUCACACUACGCCUCUACAAUGGAGAUUGGCAAUCAGAUGCCAUAGGAUCAGCAACCGUGGUAUUGAGUGUCUCCUCUGUCUUAGGUCAAGCUGGGCAGCCAGAAACUGUGCUGGAAGCUCUGUCAUAUUGUUUGGAGAGAACUUGCUCUCCGGAGUAUAAACACAUGGGUGGAUUGCAAUUUGGAAUGGGCCUCGUCGAUGAUGUGCAACAUUUACUUUCACUUGGUGGCCCUGCUUUAAUCUGCUUGCUCUAUGAUCUACAGAAGAUGCUUCGGGCCGGAGAGGAGGAGCUGAAAGCUGAGAAAACGAGAAACUCAAAGUCAGACAUCCGAAGUAAGCUGAAGCUUGCCGAGCGGAAGGUCUAUUUCAUAAUGUGCUGGGUGCAUGAGCAGCCAGGGGAAGCCUGGUCCUCAUUAGCUGCCAUCGUAGGGGCAGAAAAAAGUUCAGCCAUGGAUAGAGGAGGUAAAAAUGCUCCAGCAGCAACAAAUAAAACGGAAUUCAGGGGAAAGGUUUUGAUCGAGGAAUUGUAG